AUGUCCUCUCUUGAUCAUGAAUCAGGAUCGAUUGUCCGUUGGCAACGUGGGAAUUUGAUCGGGUUUGGUUCGUUUGGAAGGGUUUACUUGGGCAUGAACCUUGAUUCUGGAGAGCUCUUCGUAGUAAAGCAGUUCUUCAGCAUCUUGGUUUUGAAACUUGUACCUUCACAGCUGGAAAGAGAGAUAGCACUUCUUGCAACGCUGGACCAUGUCAACAUCGUCAAAUAUCUUGGAACUGAACGAAACAGUGUCAACAAUGAGUUAUCUAUUUUUUUAGAGCACAUGCCUGGUGGGUCCGUAGCAGAUUUGGUGUCCAGAUUUGGCCCACUUGUUGACACUGUUGUGAGAAAGUACACAAGGGAAGUGCUUGCUGGUUUGCAGUAUCUACAUAGCAGGGGAAUCAUACAUAGGGAUAUCAAAGGACAGAAUAUCUUGGUUGACAAUCGCGGAGUUUGCAAACUUGCUGAUUUUGGAAGUUCAAGAUACCUCAAUUCGGUGAAUGCUGGCGACAACAAUGCGGCCUCCUUGAGCCUCAGAGGAACUCCUGUCUUUAUGCCCCCCGAGGUGAUCAAGGAGCAGAGAUACAGCAAGAAGUCAGACAUCUGGAGCAUCGGCUGUACUGUAUUGCAGAUGGCAAGUGGGAAACCUCCGUACAACGAGCUGGACAAUCAUUACGCAGUGCUUAUCAGAAUUACUUCGACAGACGAGCACCCUCCUUUCGAUGAGAAGACCUUGUCAGAGGAGGCGAAAGACUUCUUGCUGCUUUGCUGUCGACGGAAUCCUGCUGAUCGUCCGGAUGUUGAUGCUCUUUUGAAGCACAAGUUUAUGAAAGUUGUGCAACCCAAGCACGAAGGAGUCGAAGAGCUAGAUCUCACCAACAUUGACGGGGAGGAACUCAAGAUGAGUCAAUCUUCAAGCAUCUCGCCGUCAAAGGAAUCGAGCAUCAAGCUGAUCAACGCGGCUUCGUCUAAGUCAGACCAGCAUGAGGCUGCCCAGACCGAGACCACGAAGGAGCAUCCAGAGAAAAAGUCAGAGCAGGAUACGGUCCAAUGGCGCAUUAUGGAUGAGAAACAAUUCAACGAGAUGGCGAGGAGAUUAAAGAUCAAGGCAAGGUUGCUCAAGAACAAGGGGCGUCGACAUUCGCAGCCGACUCUUUCCUUGAACAUUGAGCAGCAGCAGAAUCUGCAAGGCAAGGCAGCGAAGCCCCAACGCAGGAAGCAGCGGAGGGACUCUUUGUCCUCUGACGACGCAAGCAUCCCAAUCGGAGGCUACCCAGCCCCAGGCACAGGAGGAGGACCUCUGCAGGCGAUCGCCGCGGCCAUGUAUGGGAGCGGAAACAGCACGGAGUACUUCGGUCGUUCCAGAUCAUCGGAAUCUUAAAGAGAUGAGGCUGAAAUUCAAUCGGAGAGCAGCUUUUUUUCUUUCUUUCUUUUUCUUUCUUUCUUUCUUUUUUCAGUUGUAAAAUGUAGACAGACAUCC